AGAUAAGGGCACCAAUAAUCGCCAUGGAUGAUCGAAACCCGCCAGCUGGAGAUAACAUCAUUGAAAUUAUUGCCGCACGCUGCACUUGUGUGAACAAGAAAUGCUUGAUAGAAGUCUGCUCGUGUUACUUUCUCGGAGAAAAAUGCAGCGAAUAUUGUCCGUGCGAACAAGAUUGCUGGAACAAAUUAUAUUACGAUUUUCUUCCAAACCGUGAAGAAAUAAUGGAAAAUUUUAUCGGCGAAGGAUCAAGAACUACUCAAGAGAAUAAUAAUAAUAAUAAUAAUAAUCGUUCGUCUUUUUCCGUAGCCGAAUCUUCAAGCAACAACACAAGUUCUAGUGAAGCUGGUGGUGGUUUUUCGGGGGGGUGCAUGUGUAUAGCUAGUCGAUGUAUGAUACAGAAGUGUGGUUGUUUUGGUGUACGUGAGUUUUGCACACCAAAAUGUGGGUGCAAAAGAUGCAUUAACAAUGUCGAAAAUAAGGAUAAAGUCGAGCAAGCACGAAACGAAAGGGAUACGAAGGGAUGCCGUUGUACUGGGGAUGUGCAUUGUACAGACUCGUCGAAAUGCUGGUGCAGUGGGGGCAAAAAGCCUUGCAUAAAGGCAUGUCGAUGUAAAGGAUGUCUCAAUACAUACGGUCGAAAACCACAACGAAUUAGCUUGUUCAGUAUGAGUGAAGAAUCGAAGGCCGGUAGUAGUAAUAAAUGACGAUGUUCGUACAUCAAACAGAUCGAGUUUUGUGUAAUUGACAAGUUUUGCAAAGUAUAAUUAGUAGAAUACAAUAUAUUUCUCACUUUCAGCUUUUGAUUUCCAAUUCUGAAAAUUCUCUAUAUUUCCGAUUUUGGAUUAAAAUUGGAAUAUAUAUGUGAGAUCGCGGUUUAUUAUCCCAUUUCAAACUUCUCAAAAUAGUUCUGUUAGUUCCAAUUUUUUUUUAUUUUCAAAAGUUACACAUAUAUAAUAUUAAUAUCAUUAUAUACUUUAUAUUGUAGGUGAACAGGAAAAUAGAAUUCUCGAAUUUAGCCGAUAACGAACGGAAAACAAAUCGAUAUUGAAACAAUUUAUGAUUUUCGAUUCUUUCGAGUUGCUUUAAAAGGGAGUUGGAAUUAGUUUUUCAAUUUCCAAAAUAGCGCUCACCAAAAUAAU